GCCGUUUACCUAGGCUUAGCUGCUGCGGCCGAGUUCCUUGGUGAUAUCGCACUUUGCCCAUUCGAAUCUGUUCGAAUACGGCUGGUGUCUCAGCCUAGCUAUGCCGCCGGCUGCGUGAGCGGUCUAGCUAAACUAGCAAGAGAAGAGGGUAUUAGUGGCCUCUACUCCGGCCUGGGUCCUAUUCUCCUCAAACAAAUCCCCUAUACAAUGGCAACAUUUUUAGUCUACGAGAAAGCUAUCCAGAUAGCAUAUAGCGUUGUAGACAAGAGAGAGCUCUCGUCGAUCGGGGUUACUGGUAUUAAUCUUGGUGCUGGGCUUGUCGCUGGAUUGGCCGCUGCCGUCGUCUCUCAGCCGGCCGAUACGAUGUUGAGUAGAAUCAACAAGGAAAGAGCAGUCACAGGCGAAAGUACAUCCCGCCGCUUAGUUCGCAUAGCUUCUGAGCUUAGACUGCGCGGUGUCUACACUGGCAUGCAAGCACAUACAGUUAUGGUUAGUGGCAUGACAGCAGUGCAGUUUGGCAUCUAUGGAGAUAUAAAAAAGGUGCGUCUGAAUCAUGAUCUAUUGUUUUGUUGUGACCGUUGGUUGAGACUUUUGCUGAUUUUGCCCUGUUUCAGAUCUUUGGGGCAACCGAUGGAGUGGAGUUGA